AAUAAGAAAUAAAUAUACUAAUUCAAAUCAGAUUUUACGCCCCUGGAGGAAGCCAACUGAAUGUCCCAUUGUAAACAUCAUUUUUAGAUCCACUUUCAAAUUAGUUCUCGAAUCGAGUUACAUCGAAUGAGUCUCUUGCACCAGUCAGCAGCAACAGCGUGCCCGUCCCGAUGCUCGAGGAUCGAGCGGUUUGGUAGCAGAUCGCAUAGGCUGAUCUCACAUUGCGUUAUUUAACGCGUCCACCUGCACUGCAUAGAAUACAUUUCCUGGAGGACUAGUGAACGAUGGACCUGCACAUCUUGGACCAUAGAUUAAGGGUCACAUCCAUCAGUAAAUCGGGACUUGAACAGUACACACACCCCCUAAUCAAACUGAUAUUUCUCAGAAACCGGACGAGAUGCAAAUUUUUCAGUCUCACAGAGACUCCGGAAAAUUACACCGUUGUCCUCGAUGAGGAAGGAUUUAAAGAGCUCCAGCCAUCUGAGCACUUACAGGUGGAGGGCUCCACUUGGCUCCCGCUCAAUGUUGUCUCCAAUGGCAACGCCUCCAGCAGCUCACAGGCCGUGGGCGUCACCAAGAUCGCCAAAUCUGUUAUCGCUCCAUUGGCCGAGCAGCAUGUGUCCGUCUUCAUGCUCUCCACCUAUCAGACCGACUUUAUUCUGGUGCGAGAGAAAGAACUGGUGGUGGUGGUGGAGACUCUAGUGGAGGAGUUUAAUAUUUUCAGAGAGGCGGGAGGAGAGUCAGUGCCUGUCCACAGUCAGGACGCCUGCAACGGCCUUCAGCAAAACAGCAGAGAGGUUCCACAUGCAACAGUUCAUCCGGUGCUGAUUCCGGAAAAUCAAUUUUGUGUAAUGAGCUUGGAUCCGGACACACUGCCAGCGAUUGCCACAACCCUCAUAGACGUUCUGUUUUACUCUAACAGUCCUAAAGAGGAUGCCAGUGUUGAUCAGGACAUGGAAUGUAUCAAGUUUUUCUCCUUCUCUCUGAUUGAUGGAUACAUCUCUUUGGUGAUGGACACAGAAGCACAGAGACAAUUCCCCACUGAUCUUCUCUUCACCAGCUCUUCUGGUGAGCUCUGGAGGAUGGUGAGAAUAGGAGGGCAGCCACUCGGCUUCGAUGAAUGUGGGAUAGUUGCUCAGAUCUCUCAGCCUCUUGCAGACAGUAAUGUAUCAGCAUAUUACAUUAGCACCUUCAGCUUUGAUCAUGCUCUGUUCAUCCGUGAGAAGCCUCUUUCCCUGAAUGGAGUUCCUGCACUGUGAGAUCUGCCUGCUGCUGUUGCCCAGGAGAAACUUGAUCUUCCACUGGAUGGGAUGGUCCGAGUCCCUCACCUCCAGGAGGGUCCGAUCACGGAUGGUUCGCUCCUCCUGUACACAGUACAUGUCAUACAAAAUGUCAUUCCUUUGCCAUUAUAUGCUUCAUCACCUCUCAGCAUAUCGGUGAUCAUUAGUGUUUUAUUGGUAUUAUCAAUCCCAUUUGAACAAUAUUGGAUACCUUGUCAGAAACAGAGCACUUUUUUCCAUAGACAAAUUUUCUUCGUGUCAAUAUUGUUUAAAAUGUGUUUAAGAUUGUGCUUAACGGUUCACCAUUAAACAGUUAAAC